GAGCAAUUUUCCCAAUCCAUUGGUCGGCCAUGAUUCCUCGACUGACCCCUCGCCGGCGGUUUCUGUCUCCUUUCGUCGCUCUCUCUCUUCGGCGUCUCUCCUCUUCUCUCCCCAAUAUUGCUGAAGAUGUGGGAAGAUCUAUACACCCAACAGCUAUUGUCCAUCCAGAUGCAGUUAUUGGGAAGGGCGUUUCGGUUGGUCCCUUUUGUACUGUUGGUUCCUCGGCAAAGCUCGGCAAUGGAUGCAAACUAUAUCCUUCUAGCCACGUCUUUGGGAACACGGAAUUGGGGGAUUCCUGCGUUGUUAUGACUGGUGCUGUUGUUGGUGACGAUGAUCUUCCCGGGUAUACCGUUGUAGGAUGCAACAACGUUAUCGGUCAUCAUGCUGUGGUCGGUGUUAAAUGUCAAGACAUGAAAUACAAGGCCGGGGAUGAUUGCUUUCUUCGCAUCGGUGAUAACAACGAGAUCAGAGAGUUCUGUUCGAUUCACAGGUCGUCAAAGCCCACCGACAAAACGGUCAUCGGUGAUAACAAUCUAAUAAUGGGUUCUUGCCAUAUUGCUCAUGAUUGCAAGAUCGGCGACAACAACAUAUUUGCCAACAAUACUCUUCUUGCUGGCCAUGUGAUCGUAGAAGACUAUACACACACAGCAGGAGGCACUGUGGUUCACCAGUUUUGCCACAUUGGUUCUUUCUCUUUCAUCGGCGGUGGUUCAGUGGUUUCACAAGAUGUGCCAAAGUACAUGAUGGUGACUGGAGAAAGAGCAGAAAUCCGGGGUCUGAAUCUGGAAGGACUUCGACGCAGUGAAUUCACAAUCUCAGAGAUCAGUAGCCUGAGAAGGGCAUAUCGUAAAAUAUUCAUAUCCGGUGGUGCAGUUUCUUUGGGUAUGGAGGAGCGUCUGGCCAAGACGGAACAAGACAAAGAUCUGUACGGAGUUCCUGUGGUGCGGGAAAUGGUCCAGUCGAUCCGGGAUUCUUUCUCUGAAAACCGUCGUGGGAUCUCCAAGUUCAGGCACUGGUCGGGUUCGUGAGUUUCACUGCUUAGUCUUCUCCCCCAUGUUUGGACCUCUUUAGUGUGUUGAAUAUCAAACAAUGGCGCGACCAUUUGAGACAAUUGUAACAAAAACUCGAGUUGGUGGUGUCUUUCCUUGGGGGAGGUAUGUAUCAAGAAUCAUGAACGUUCUGAAGCUAUUAGGAUUUCGGCAUCCAAUUCUGGUGUGCGAGUGCACGGACAAAGUGACUCUUCCUUGGCUUGCACGUCCAGGCCACGACAACGCGAUAUUAUCGCGAUGAGACGUGGACAGCAAAGUUGUUGUCUUUCUGUCACAGCAUAUCGACCCCAGAGGGCGAAUCUUGGGUUUGCGAUGGCGACCCGAUUUGCACUAUGGCUGGUUAUGUCGAGCCCAACUUCAUCAAAAGCCGUUUGGUUACCGAAUUUGCAGAAUGACAUUUCCACGUUGUUUGUUGUCUGUGAAUAAUUGUACACAUCUUCUUUCAUAUACAGCUGUAUUAUAUACAUUAACCAAAAACGAUGAGCAACUAACAGCUCUUUGUAAAGAACAAAGUUGUAACCUCUUAAUGUAUUGACAUCAAAAGGCAGAAACAAGAUGGAAAGGUUGAUUCC